AUGGCUAAGAAGGAUGCAGUAAUACAGAGCCAAGCAGCUUCUCUUCGUAAUCUUGAGAUGCAGCUCGGCCAGCUAGCCAAUGAAAUGAAAACUAGGCCGCAAGGAUCUUUGCCUAGUGAUACAGAAAACCCAAGGAGAGAUGGGAAAGAACACUGUAAAGCUAUUCAGCUGAGGAAUGGUAAAAAUCUGGGAAAUUCUGAGGAAAUACAGGGUAGUGGGGAGCCCACUUCAAUCCAAAGCGAAGGAGAAACAAGUAACAAAACUGCCCAGGAAAUUGCUGAAACUGGCCCAGUUGCUACAGCAAAGGGUCAGCAAACUGCUCCAGUAAAUUCUGGUCCUAAACCGCCCCUUCCAUUUCCGCAGCGAUUCCGCAAACAACAACAGGAUGGUCAGUUCAUAAAGUUUUUGGAUGUACUGAAACAGCUGCAUAUUAAUAUCCCCUUGGUCGAAGCAUUGGAGCAAAUGCCGAAUUAUGUCAAGUUCUUAAAGGAUAUUUUGACAAAGAAAAGGCGAUUGGGGGAGUUUGAGACUGUAGCUCUCACAGAAGGAUGUAGUGCGAUGUUGAAAAGCAAGAUCCCUCCUAAGUUAAAAGAUCCUAGCAGUUUCACGAUUCCGUGUUCUAUUGGAGGUAGAGAUGUUGGAAGAGCAUUAUGCGAUUUGGGCGCUAGCAUUAACCUUAUGCCUAUGUCAAUCUUUAAAAAGUUGGGUAUUGGUGAAGCACGACCCACGACUGUUACAUUACAGCUUGCCGACGGAUCCAUGGCUCAUCUCGAGGGCAAAAUCGAGGAUGUUCUAGUCCAAGUUGAUAAGUUUAUCUUUCCGGUCGACUUCAUCAUUCUAGACUAUGAAGCGGAUAGAGAAGUGCCUAUAAUAUUGGGUCGGCCCUUUCUUGCUACAGGGCAUACUCUCAUUGAUGUACAGAAUGGAGAACUUACUAUGCGGGUGAAUGACCAACAAGUCACUUUUAGUGUAUUCAAAGCCAUGAAGUUUCCGGAUGAAGUUGAAGAAUGCUCUAGAGUUGAUGUUAUUGACACUUUAGUGGCUGAAAGAAUCAGUAGAAGUGUGGAAAAAGCUGCUAUGGGUACCCAGAUUUUUGUAGAUGAGGAGGAUUAUAGUAGUGAGGAAGAGCAGAUUAUUACAUGGGUGGAUUCUUAUCAACCAGUAAAGAAAUUCAAUAAAGUCUUUGAAGCUCUAAAUCUGCCAGAAAAGCACUUCCAGCCACCCAAACCAUCUGUUGAAGAGCCACCCCAGCUGGAGUUAAAGCCAUUGCCUAGUCAUUUAAAGUAUGUGUACUUGGGCGACAAUGAUACUUUGCCUGUAAUAAUUUCAAGCUGUCUGGAGUCUAUUGCUGAGGAGUCAUUGCUGAGAUUACUGAAGUAG